AUGAGUUGGUUACGCACCACAUCCAAAACGCUGGCGCGUCAGUUGUCGCGCUCUCUCGACCCGCGCCAUGAUUACGAACCCCAAGCCUGCUACAAUUCGUUUUGUAAGCAUUGGCAGCAAGCACACGACAUCAUACAAAAAUCCCAGCCCCAACAUCUUCAUGACGACGUCCUAGGAGUAGUCAAUCACCUCGAACAACUAACGACACUGCUAGUAUUAGAAGCAAGGGCAAGAGAGAUCAAUCGUAUGCCCGCCCCGGCCGCCUGCCUCGAAUACUUGCUUAGUGAAAAUCUCCUGGAUAAACUGUACGAAUGGGCGAAAUGUACUGGAAUAUACGAAAAUGCAGUACGAUUAGAACAACUCAAGCUAUUUGGAAACCUAAUCAACCAUUACAGUUCGCAGGUGAUAGCAGCGGAACCAUUUCUGCGACCCUUGUUGAAAUUGCUCCAAGGAUUCAGAAAUCAGAUACCACCAGCUAAUCUUGAAAGUCAACUUGUCACUGUAUUAAAUCAGCUAUGCGUAGUGUUAAUGCAAAACAUGAGGUUAAUCGAUCUGUUCUUUUUAAUGACGGAAACCCAAAAUGGUUCACAAGCUGAAUUUAUAAUCGGUCGUCUAUUACUAUCGUCUGUGCAUAGAGAGGGUUCCGCGGGCUCAGUGGCGAGGGACGCGUUUCUACUCUGCGCCAAGAUGUCCGCCAAGUGUCCGCCGCUCGCGCACUGCCUGCUGGCGGGCAAUGCUUGUCCUAUAUUAGCUACAGGUCUGAGCGGGCUGUACUCGCUGCUGCCGCGCGCGGCGGCGGGCGCGGCGCCGCGGCUGGCGCCCGACGACGUCAACCGCGUGCACAAGCUCACGCUCUUCAUCGACUCGCUGGAGUUCUGCAACGCCGUCGCGCAGGUAGCACAUCCGUCCAUCAGAAAACAUCUACUAGAUUUGCUUUACCAAGGUUUCUUAGUGCCAGUAAUGGGUCCAGCGCUAUUGCAGAAGAAAGCGGGGCCUUUGCAGAGCGAGUGCGCGGAGCAGGCCACGGCCAUGACGUACCUGGAGCUGCUGCUGCGCUGCGUGUCCGCCGGUGGCCUGCUGCGCGUCGUGCUGCACUUUCUGUUCUCGUAUGAGUACGACGGGGUGAAGGUUAUUGAUGUAUUGCUUGGACGGUUGGAGGGGAAUAGCCAGCUUUCACUCGUAACGUUAUGCCUUAUGGAAACACUCAUCGACUUAAACUGCGAAGAUGUCAUGAUCGAACUUAUAUACAAACACCUAAUAAAUGGCAAUCAUCUAAUGGCUGUGUACAGAAAUAAGCUAACCGAUCCCGAGCCAUAUAGGGAAGCUGCAGUAUCUUUUCUGGGCCUCAGUCCCAAAUGUUGUUCUAGACCGGUAGAAAAAACGAAGGAAUGGGUUGAUGAGUUAGCCCUCAGCGGGCGCCGGGUGUUAGAUUUUAAAAGAGACGAUGACAACAGAAGGAUGAACGGUGUUCACGGGGAAAUAGCCAUGAACAAUCUAGUCCAUGAAGUUAAUUUUGAUUAUGGAAAUCCGAACGAAACGUUAUACCACAAUUAUCACGCGUACCUCUGCGACGCGCGCUACGAAAUUGUAUCUCGAAGCAUUGCAUGUGUGAAUUGGAGCUUUAAAUACGACUCGAUACCGAAAAGAGAGGCAAACAAUAACACUAAAGAAAUGAAAGAGAUAGACACACAAAUACCUUUGAGAGAACAAGACAGCCUUGUAUCGCUCUGCACCAGUGGAUAUAAUACGUUGAAAACAAGCGAUACUUCAGAAAAGGAACCUCAUAGUUUAAACUCUUUGAAUGAACUAGUAGAAAAUAAAGUUUCAGAGAAAAAUUCUACAGGUGACGAAUGUAAAAUAAACGAAUACGAUGCAAUAAAAAGUGAUUCCGAGAAAGAACACCAUAGCUUGGGAUCUUUAAGUGAUGUAGAUCAUAGUAAAGUGUUAGAAACUCAAUGUAAAGAAAAUGAUAAGAACAAAACUAGUGAUGAGAAAGAACUUAGUUCGAGUUUUUUGAACGAUGUUAGUAACAAAGAGCAAAAUGAAGUGAAUGAAACAAAAGAUCAUGAUAGUUUAACGUCUAUAGGUGGAAGUAGUGAAUACGAUAGCUUUAGGUACAGACUUGAUGAUAAUGAGGAUGAGGGUUUUGCAGAGGAUUCUUUUAGGAAAAACUUUGCUAAGAAUGACGUCAGUUCAAGGGACGUGAGAGAGUACGAUGAAGUAUCCACUAUAAGGAAUUGGCGUGCCAGUGCCGAAUCUAUUAUCGGCCCUCUUCUACACAGGCUACUAAAGAAAGCCUCCAAUUUCCUAGAAUCAGAUGUAGCGACAACAUGCAGAGUAUCGAGCAUACUCGGCAAACUGGCGUCGUUGCCUACUCCCUUGUUAACCGCCAUGCUGCUGUGCCCCGGCUCUGCUUUACAACCCAAUGUGCCUUCAUUAUUCCAAAUUUUAAGUAGAUUAAAAGAAGAGUUGGACGAACUAACCGACGGUUUAGAAAAUUCAAGCGAAUUAGUGGACAAGGCGAGAGUGUUUCUCAUACAGCGGGAGAUGACGUUAGCUAACUCGCGUGCGCAGACAAAUGACGAAAGUCAAGCGCACGCACAGUCGCCGCGCCGCGACGAGUCCCCGUUCCGCCGCGCGGAGAGCAAGCGACGCAGCUUCUCCUCCAGCCUCUCCAACAUGUUCAACAGGAAGACCUCAUUAUCGCCAUCACAACAGAACUCUCAGAGUCUUCAAAGCUCCAUGUACAACUCCAAUUCCCCCUUACAAAAGCGUCCAAUAUUCACCCAAGAGGCUUACUGGAACCAAUCCAUCACAUUACGGUCCGUCCUCAACGCAGUUAUACUCGACGAAUGGCUCAAAGAAUUAUCAGCUUUAUGUGAAGAACAAGCGUUACGACUUUCCGCAGAUAGUUACGAAAACGAUACAUACAUACGGACGGUGGCAUUA